AUUCAGUUCAAAAGUGAACUUUUUUUAAACAAAACUCCUUUCUAUCUCGUUUCGCUGUUUUGUCCUGUAAUUGCAAUUUCAAUAUGUAGAAAGCAAAAUACAUGUUAUCUCAAAUAACAAUUUAUUUUUUAUAAGGUCAUCGAAAACAAACGAUGAUAACAACACACUAUUAAGUUACUCGAUAUAUCGAGGGGACACGUAAACUUUGUUCCACCCAGGCUACUUGGCUAUCCGAAAAAUUUCGUUUUCAUUUUCCCCAUUUCGACGAAUAUGACGAACGCAAUGAGAAUACUAGAAGGAAAUUGAAAUUAUUUACUAAAAAGAUUUUAGAAUCUUAACAUGUAGAUAGAGAAAAUUCUUACGUUAAGAUAUCGCAGAUAUACUAUGAUCGGUCGGUUUUACCACAUAAUCAAAACAGAUUAGAUAAAUUCUUUUUCUGAUUCUUUUUUCUUUCUUUUUUUUCAUAAUCAUAUAAGCUACGUAUGUAUGUUGCGUCGAAACAAUGUUUUAUAACUAUAACAAUUAUAUCUUUUUCCCAGUUGAGAGAUAAAUAUAUGAUCAUUUAUUUUAUCUUAAUUGUUUUUAAUCUCGAUGAAAGAAAAUAUAAUCAUCCAAUGACGAAAAGAUAGGAGGUACGCACGACGUAUACUUAUAUGAACAUUGUAACGAGAGACAUUUAGAGAGAGAUUUUUAGUGCUUUGUUGAAUAAGUUGGUUACAGUGCUGCCAUACUGCUGUCAUCAUGCAAUUUUUUCGUUGUGUGGCAAUAACAGUUUGUUUGUUAUUCAAAUCGAUUAUGGAUUCGAAUGGUGAACAAUUAAUAUCUUGUACAAAAUGGGGAUCUGUCGAUGGCCAAAGCAUUGAGAAGUACACUUUAAAAAAUAACGCGGGUCAGGAGGUGGAUAUCGUAACGUACGGCGCAACAAUAACAUCUAUUAGAACUCCAGACAAAGAUGGAAGAAUAGCAGACGUCGUUUUAGGUUUCGAUAAAGUAGAAGAUUACUCGUCCACGGUUUAUAAACCGUAUUUUGGUGCGACGAUAGGAAGAGUCGCGAACCGUAUAAAAAAUGGGGAAUUUACAUUGAACGGGAAAAAGUAUCAUUUGGCUAAGAAUGCAGGACAAAAUAGUCUUCACGGUGGCUUUAAAGGGUGGAGUUCGAAAAUAUGGAAUGCCGCUAUUCAGCGUAACCAGCUUGUACUUUCUUUGCUAAGCGAGGACGGUGACGAAGGUUAUCCUGGAGAUGCAAUAGCUUCGGUCACUUUUCAAUUAACCAUCGAUGGAGAGUUACGCAUCGAGAUGAAAGUUUUCGUCACCAAAGCUACUCCUAUUAACUUGACUAAUCAUAGUUACUUCAAUCUAGCUGGUCAUAAUGGUAACGCAAGCGAACUGUACAAACAUCAGUUUACUUUAAAUGCGGAUCAUUGGACAGUCACCGACACAGAAAGUAUUCCUACUGGAGAAAUACGAUCGGUCCUCGGUACCGUGAUGGACUUGAGAAACUCUACCAUACUCGGAGAUGUCAUUGACAAAGUACCAGGUGGUGGAUACGAUUAUAAUUUUUGUUUAAGAGUAAACGAUACCGCAAACGAAAGAAACCUCGUCGCCAAAGUUUUACAUCCUACUUCUGGAAGAUAUUUACAAGUUUUUUCGAAUCAGCCUGGAUUGCAAUUUUACACAGCCAACUUUUUACCCGAACGCGAGACCCCGGGUAUUAGGGGGAAAAACGGAACCACAUACUUCAAACAUGGUGCAUUCUGUUUAGAAACACAAAAUUAUCCGGAUGCAGUCAAUCAAGAAAAUUUUCCAAAUAGCAUACUUGAACCUGGACAGCUUUAUCGUCAUACUGUUAUAUACAAGUUUGGAGUAGUAGCAUAAAAAGUACAUACUUAUUCUCUGUAUAUGAUACAAUUGUAUUUUGACUAUUAUGUUCUAAUAAUUUGAAUAAAAGUAUGUUAUAUAUUA